GUCUAUAAUCUUCUCCAUUCCCCUUCUUCUACAGAGUUCACGUCUGUCGGACAUUGCUUAUAUAAAGCCAACAUUUCACAAUUAACUCGAAAUUUAUAAUCGCAUUUUCCGCCAUACACUUAUAACGAAAAGAUUGGACAAUGAAGUUUGUCGUUUUUCUUAUUUUCAUGGGCGUUGUGGCCGCUUUCCCGCAAAAAGAAGGUAGUGCCUAUACGCAAGAAGCCAUUAGGCAGGCGCAAAAUACGUUUUUAAUUCCGAAAGAUGCCCAAAUACAGAAAGUACAAGAAGGCAUUGAAAUUGGAGCAUACGAAAGCAUUCCCGGAAAUCAAAAAAUCAACCUAUUUGAAAUUUUAGGAGAUCAAUUUCCUCCAGAAGUCGUGAAUAAUCUUCAAACUCAAAUCGAUCAAGUGGGCCGUAGUUAAUUUUUUUAAUUUUUAUUAAAAAAAAUCAAUGUUGUAAAUAAAUUUGUGAUAUGUAAUGUAUUAUACAUAUUUGGUGAUUUAUUUAUGAGACAAAGUGCCAAUUAAAUAAAAAAAAUGUAAAUAGGUAUGUCCAAAUCAUACAGUCACAUUAAUAAGUCACCUUAUGUUUUCUGUUAAAAAUUUAUUUUUCUAUUUUACUAAUUUCAAAUAUUUUUUAUAUCUUGUAAUUUAUAAAGAGAUACCAGUGUUAUUCCAGUUUUUAAAAUAUCUAAGUGCCUG